ACAGACAGGGUUAGUCUGUGUUGCAUUCCCAGAUUGGAUCUUAGCAGAUGUGUGCAGAUAAAUCAUGUGAGAAAGAAUGAAACUAGAGGACAGAUUCAGAGCACAGAGCAAGAAAGUCAUUUUUUCAGUGCAGAAACAGAGCGUAUGAUAAACCUGGAGGAUGCCUGCCUAAAAAAAAAAAUUCAAGCUCUGCAAAAGGUCGGACAGACAUGCACAGGUGUUGCAAGAGAGAGAUAAGCGAGAGAGAAGAGAAAGAGACAAGAAGGAAAGAGGAGAGGAGGAGGAAGCCAGUGGGGGGAGUGAAACGAGGUGUAGGAGGAGACUGGACUUGCUGCAGAAGGAAAAAGGAGUCGGAGAGCAAUUCCAAAACAGCUGUCCAGCAGACGUCCCAGUCGUCAGAAGUGUAGCCCCCAGAGGCGGAUACAGAAGACAGGACAGUGUCAACAAGCCACAGGAGCAGCACUGCAGCAUACACACACAUAAAGACACACACUUCACCCUGAGAAGAGGAGGCAUCUCUGAUGAGGAUUCAGAUCUCGCCAUCCAAACAACCGAGGUAAAAUAUGAAGAGAUCACCUGCUGUGGCCUGAACGCACAGUCUAACAACCGUAUGGACCUGGAUAGGGCACUCGCUUGGGCUUUCUGAAGAAACUUCUGACACUCAGCUGCCGUGAAAAUUCUCUGUGUGAAGCCAACGAGGUCAUUCAUCAAAAAAGUGUUCAUCUGUUGAAGAUCCCCAGUCCUGACUGGAGAGCCAUUGUCAGAUCGAUGCAACAAUUAUUUUUGGAGUCCUGCAAGUGGCGUGUGUUUCUGAGAAUGUAACGGAAGCUCCUCUCCAGGGGAACCAUAACGUUCAGACCUGACAGCAUUUUCAUCCACCUUAUCCUACAUAUCUGACACAAUCUCCAAAGAAGCAGCCAUGCCAGCAAAAGCACCCAUUUACCUGAAGCCUACUAACAGCAAGAAGGGAAAAAAAUGUCGGCUGCGAGACAUUUUGUCUCCUGACAUGAUCAGCCCACCACUUGGGGACUUUCGCCAUACCAUCCACAUUGGCAGAGGUGGAGAGAGAGAUGCCUUUGGAGACAUGUCGUUCCUUCAGGGAAAGUAUGAGCUACUACCUGGAAAAAGGGAUGUCCACCCUCAUUAUGGUAACCAUAGUGACUAUUUGCGAGCACACAGCACAGGUGAUGCUUCCUUCGCUGAGACUCCCUCACCAGUUCUCAAGAAUGCAAUCUCACUCCCAACCAUCGGUGGCAGCCAGGCCCUCACCCUCCCACUCAUCUCCUCCACGGUUUUCCCAUUGCCACCAGAUCCACUGGAAGAAUUAAUGAGUCCAUCAUCUCCUUUGAAAGCUAAAAACCCUGAUGAGGUUGAGAUCCUGCAGAUGGAUGCCCUGCUGCAGUCCAUGGAUGUCUUCGACAGUGAGCCUUCGUCCCCUUUUACAGAUCACCAGUCAAAACCUGACGUCCUUUUAGAUCUGCUGGAAAACUCAAACAAGUCGACCUUGAAGGAGGUUGCCAAAGCUAACAAAUUUAACAAGAGUGAUGGCAGAUUUGACAAGCCAUCAUCCUAUUACAUCAAUGGUCACACCGACAGCUUACGCAAAGCUAACGGAAGCUUAAACAGCAACUUAAGCAGUGACAGCUGCGACAGCUUUGACAAUAAAGAUGACUUCCAGAAUAACAUCUGCAACCAAAACAGAAGUCUCAGCAGCAACGGUUAUGGAUACUUUAACAAUGACAUUGCCCUCAGCUUUAAGCAGGAGCUCGCUAAGUGCAGUAAAGACUGGGUGGACAGGGACAGUGGUGUAGAGGAGGGCCGCAUAAGUGAUUUUGAGUUUGAGUUUUGCAAGGAGAAGAGCACCUCGCAGAGUUCCCUUACCCAGAUCACGGGGUCGCUCCUCUCUCUCGAAUUGGAUCUGGGCCCAUCCAUCCUGGACGAUGUGCUCAACAUAAUGGAUAAACCUGCAGCAAAGAGCCGGCCUUAAGCUGCAUUCUGGCCUUUCAGAUGAAUAAGGGAAUUGUUAAAAUAUAGCCAUGAGGGGAGAAAGACUUAUGAGUAAUCAAAAUGGUGUCUGGAUAUAUCAUUGAGAUGAAAAUUAGCUACAGUAGACAAAGCUGCUUAUGUUUUUAUUGUAAAAACUUAUAACUAUUCAAGCUUCCAUCGAGUCUUUAUUUUUUUUCCUUUGCUUUGUUUGCCAUCCCAGCAGCAUGCCCAUGAUGCACGUGCUUUUUGUGUUACAGCUACAUCACCUCCACUGUGCCUUUGCUUUUCAGCUACCUUAAACAUUUUACAUGAUGAGUUGAUGUUCUCAUAUUGACCUCCAGUGUGCAAACACGAUGAAUUUGAGUCACUUGGCUCUUUUACACGAUUCUCAGACUCGGAGAACAUAAAACAUUUUACGACUUUGAGUUUAUUUCACAAAGCACUUUUUUGUUCAUCACAUGGUUCGUUGCCCAAAUAACAAUUUCACAUAACACUAUGCAUAUUUGUUUUUUUGACAUUGUGACACAAAUAAAUUAAUUUUUCCUAUUGA